AUUGCAAAUAACAAUGUUGAGGAGCUUUGUUGCCUGUACAUCAUAAAGAGUUGACUUUAUGCUCUCAUAGUUGCAUAUUUACAUCUAUCUGGGUUAUCUUCAUCAAAGGUUGGUAAACCUACAUUUUGUUUGAGUGUUCCAUUAUAACCAAUCAUCAUACUGGACAGAGCGCAAUUCCUGGGUCCCAGGAUGCCUGCCGGGCAGCCUAUCCCAUCCCCCAUGGACAGAGAUCAUGGAAUUGCACGCCACACUCCCUACAUGGGACAGCCUGACUAUCGUAUCCAUGAGCUGAACAAGCGCCUACAACAGCGGACAGAGGACAGUGACAACUUGUGGUGGGAUGCCUUUACUACUGAAUUCUUUGAGGAUGACGCUAAUCUGACUUUGUCAUUUUACCUAGAAGAUGGACCUAAACGAUACACCAUCGGGAGAACGUUAAUUCCUCGAUACUUCAGGAGUAUAUUUGAGGGUGGAGUGACCGACCUGUACUACAUUCUGAAAUACCCUAAGGAGUCCUUCCAUAAUACAUCUAUCACUCUCGACUGUGACCAGGCUACUAUGGUCACACAUCAUGGAAAACCCAUGUUCACCAAGGUGGUGACGGAGGGAAGACUUAUCCUGGAAUUUACAUUCGACGACCUGAUGCGCAUACGAUCCUGGCAUUUUCAAGUGCGACAACACAGAGAGCUUAUCCCACGAAGUGUUAUAGCCAUGCAGCAAGACCCUGCUAUGGUGGAACAACUGUCUAAAAACAUUACGAGGCAGGGCCUCACCAAUUAUACACUAAACUUCCUGCGGUUAUGCGUGAUAUUGGAGCCCAUGCAGGAGUUGAUGUCUCGACACAAGGCUUAUGGCCUUAACCCACGCGACUGCCUCAAAACCACACUCUUUCAAAAAUGGCAGAGGAUGGUGGCGCCCCCUGGCAAAGGAAAACCAGACACUGCGAGACAGCCAGGGAAAAGGAAGAGGAGAAAGGCAUCGGCAAGUAGUGCUGGCGGAGGUAUGAACAGCACCACACCACCGGCUGGUAAAAAACGCUCUCCAGGACCCCAGGGCAUCGGCACAUCUGUCCCAGGGAAUUUGAUGUUACAACAGGAUGUGAUGGUAGUCGGAGAGCCCACGCUGAUGGGCGGUGAAUUUGGUGACGAGGAUGAAAGACUGAUAACAAGGCUUGAGAAUUCGCAGUUUGAACCAAACAACACUGAAGAGGACUCCAAGGACUUCCAAAACAGUCCCGCCCUACAGCAUAGUCCCUGGGGUCAAGACAAGAAACCCCCCACAGCUCCCUCGGGGUCGUCAGGGGCCGCCCAAUCCGGACGAUAAAGUGGAGUAACCAAGGAGACCAUUAUCCAUCAGAAAGAUUUUCCAGCGCAUGUUUUUUCCAUCACCAACAUUCAGCAUCACAAUUAUGACUCUUGACCUCAUCAGUUUUCUCCACUCCAUGAUAGGUGAAUUUUGACCUUAUCAUUGAAUGAUGGUUACUUUAGGGUUAAUUUUGACCUUAUCAUUGAAUGAUGAUUAUUACUUUAGGUUAAUUUUGACCUUGUCAUUGAAUGAUGAUUACUUUGGGUUAAUUUUGACCUUGUCUUUGAAUGAUGGUUAUUUUAGGUUUAUUUUGAACUUGUCUUUGAAUGAUGAUUAUUUUAGGCUAAUUUUGACCUUGUCAUUGAUGUUCAUUCACAUUUUUUUCUAAUUGAUGAUCUUUGACCUUGUCAUUUAUGAACUUUCUUCUUGAUAACAUGACAGAUUUUCUCUGUUUGAAUGUUAUUUGAUUUAUGAAAGGACACACUAUUUCAAGUAAUAUCUGAUAUAAUGUUUAUGGUCAGGGUUAAGAAAUUGUAUGUUAAUCUUUUUGGGGUUAAUUACAUGUUAGAAAAAAUUGAUUAUGAAAUUACGAGUCAUCAAUUACUAAAGGAACUUUUGUCAGUUUUUCAAAUUUGAAUGGAAACAUUAAUAGUCACUCAUGGCUUUUAUUUGAGUUAAACAAUAGGAUAUGAAAGGGAGAUAACUUUGAUAUAUUUUUACAACGAAUGGCUUUGGCAUUUAACACAGGAGGUCCCGGGCAUUCUUAAUGAUCAUGAGAUAGACAGCACAAAUAGGAUCUAGUUACUAUUUGUAUAGAAAUAACAGGCUUUAAAAACAACCAUGGAUUUUUUUUUUUUUUUUUUAAUCGUGGGUAUAAAAAUUUUGUGUAUGGUACAACAGUUGAGAGAGAAAGAAAUAUUAAGUUUUUACUCCAGUUUUGACAUUAGGUAAUUAGCUGAAACAAAGUGCUUGGCAUAAAAUCAGGUCGCUUUUAGUAGUUCCUAGAAACGUCCUUGUGAAUGUGUUGUACUUGAAAUAUUACUUUUCAAUUACUUUGAAUUUUGUUUUGGUUGAUAUAUUUCAGAUAAAAUUUGUAGUUUUGUUAAAAGUAAAAGAAAUAGAUACUAGUAAUGGAGGAAAUAACAUCAGAACAAACAGGCCAAAACUAUUUGUUAUCAUGUUAAUGUUUAAGGUAUAAAAACAAUGUUAUGUUAAAAAUGAUUAGAUAUUUUCCACAUAUAUAGUUUAUUUGUAGAUAAAAAAAAAUUGCCAUAUUUAGGAUAGUCAAUCUAUUAAUCAAGAUACAACAAAAAGUUUCCACUAUAAUAUUGAAUCAUGUUAUUUCAAAUUUCAUGUCAAUUUGACCUAUGAUAAUAUACGUUAUUGUGUUGAUAAUUACCAUUGUUCUUUUUUCUCCUUUGUUUCGUGACCAAUAUACAUCGUUGUAUUCUGACCUUACUCCUUCUUCUUUCUGUUUCUGAUAUCAUUUGCAUCAACAAUUUUCACCACCAGACUUGUAUAUAUUUUGUAAGUUGAACUUUUGUGAAAUGUGAUCUGAAUUUUUUAUUUGUUGAGAAGAUAGAUACUGCCAAUAUAUAUACGCAAUUUGUAAUGUUGUAGUUCAUCUGGAUAUAUUCACUGUCAUUGUUUGAAUGGAAGGGAUUAUGCUGGAUUCUACAAACAAAAGCUAAAACAAAACAAAUAAACAAAGAUAAACACAUGUACUACAUUUGAUAGGUAACAUCAUUUUAAUUGAAUUUUGAUUUACAUACAAAAUGUGUCUGGACUGCCUGACUGUAAUGGUAUGUCUAUGGAGCCUACUAAUUCCAGGCCAGUUGUGUUGAAAAUCUGUUCUGAUACAUUACGUGUAUUACAAGUUUCCAUGUUGAUGGUUUAAAUAUAGGAAUUACAUAAUAUUGAAGUAUCUACAGUUCGUACAAACAAUAGUCCUGAAUCAGCAUUAUGACAUCUCAAAUUUAACGAUGGUCUUGUUUGAUUAGCAGUGAGAGAAUAGUGUAAAAUACACAGAUCCAUUUGAUAUCAUAACCCUUUAUACCAAAUAAUCAUUAGUGUUUAUAUAGGGCUUACAGCUAAAAUUAAAAUGUAUUCUUUUAAAAUGCUCAACCAUGUUUGGUGGACAGGUGACUACCUGGAUACUGUAGUACUGAUAUCCAGUAACUCGUUGGACAGGUGACUACCUGGAUACUGUAGUACUGAUAUCCAGUAACUCGUUGGACAGGUGACUACCUGGAUACUGUAGUACUGAUAUCCAGUAACUCGUUGGACAGGUGACUACCUGGAUACUGUAGUAUUGGUAUCCAGUAACUCGUUGGACAGGUGACUACCUGGAUACUGUAGUACUGAUAUCCAGUAACUCGUUGGACAGGUGACUACCUGGAUACUGUAGUAUUGGUAUCCAGUAACUCGUUGGACAGGUGACUACCUGGAUACUGUAGUACUGAUAUCCAGUAACUAGUUCCAAUGUUGGUAUUUUAUCAACAAAAAUACCAGUUGCAUAUAUAGAUGCAUCUGAGAGUGACUAGUGUAAGUUUAUAUAUGAAUUAGUGAAAGUGUUUUUCAGUACAUUUAUUUUCGAUGUUGAUAUGUAUUUUUAUGAGCAAUUGUAAACAAUAUUUUAUUGUAGAGUGAAUUGAUUUAUUAUUUUCUGUUGUUUCCAUGAAUAUAUACUUCGCAGAUUUUAUUAUUUUCUGUUGUUUACUUAGUGCUGUAAAAUGACUGUAAACAUUUGACAUGGUGCAGUACCCGCUUUAUUUAAGGAAUCCUCAUAAAAGAUCAAAACUCACCAUUGGUGUUACAGGGAAAAUAGUAAAAACUAGUACAAGUGUUGUUAAUAUACAGCUAAAUUCUGAAGGAUUUUGAUCAGUAUAAUUAUAUAGAUAUUAUAUAGAUAUAGAAAAAGAAAUGGUGUUUUAAAAAUGCUAUUUUUAUGUUCAAAUCAUGAAGGUUUUACAACAGAAUUAUUUUGACCUGUCCUGAAUUUAUUUAUAUUGUACAAGUUUGUGUUUAUAUCCUUUUUGCGGAAUGGGAGCGAGGAGAGCAAAAAAAUAAAGAGGAUAUAUUUCAGAACUUU